AUGUUCACUUUUGAGUCUCAAUUGAAUUCAUGUCUAAAGAGUACAUCCAAAUCUUUCAAGCUGCUUUUCGCAACGAAUAACCAGUUUGUGCUUCCAAUAACUAACCGCAUUCUUGUAUUGGACUCGUCAUUCAACCCUCCUCAUAAAGGUCACUUGUCACUGGUAGCCAAGUCGCUGACACAUAAACUAGGAGAUGAAUUUACCGCUCACAGCAGCGUGAACUCGAGGUCGGUGUUAUUACUACUCUCUGUUAAGAAUGCUGACAAGCGACCACAACCUGCCAAAUUCGAAGACCGUCUUCAAAUGAUGUAUUAUUUGGCUCACGAAAUCACAGAUCAAAUGGGAGUUUCUUGUGCUAUCGGAAUCACCAAUUGCUCCCUUUUUGUGGAUAAAGCUCUGACUCUGGAGAAUUACUUUAAGAAAGAAUAUACAGACCGUUUGAGGUUUACCUUCCUGCUUGGAUAUGAUACACUAGUCAGACUUCUGGCUCCAAAAUACUACGAGCCUCGUUCUUUGCAAGACGCGUUAGGGAGCUUCUUCAAAACGAGCGACUGUUUUGUAUUGACAAGGAAUGACGGUAAUGAAUCUUCGGAAUCACAGUUGCAAUACCUUGAGAGAAUGAAAAAAGGGAUGGUAGCAGAAGCACCGCCUAGGUGGGCUGAUAAAAUAUUUCUAGCUCAAGGGGAUUCUGACACGCAAAGUCUUAGCUCCUCAAGCAUAAGGAAACUCAUUGGGUCUGGUGACGAUAGCUGGAUCUCGAAAACAACACCAAACAUAGCUGCUUUCAUCAGCGAACAGCACCCUUACAAAGACACCUGUACACCAGCAUAG